AUGUCCAGACUCAGGAUACUUUCCCAUUCCUCACUGAGGUUUCAUCUCAACUCUCACCAUCCAGCUCGUACUUUCUCAACUUUUUCCACUGUUUUCUCCUCGCCUUCCCCUUCAGAUCUACCACCUAAACCUACUCAAGCAGCUUCUUCAUCUCCUAAGCCUACCUCCUCAACAUCUGCACUCGAUUUCAAACUUGCUCAUCCUCGACGCAGGCCGCCUCCACUACCGGUUAUCGAUCCACCCCGUUGGAGUGCCGAACAAGCUGUCACCAAUAUCUUAUACAAUACACCCCCUCCUUCCGUCGAGCCCUUCAAUCGCCAUGUUCUCAAUUGUCUUGUACAGAAUGAGCCCGGUGUACUGUCCCGCGUUUCAGGAAUCCUCGCAGGAAGGGGCUUCAACAUAGAGUCUCUAGUCGUUUGUGCUACUGAGAUCCGCGAAUUGUCUCGGAUGUGUAUCGUCUUGAAAGGUCAAGAGGCUGUGGUUGAGCAAGCUCGCAGACAACUUGAAGACUUGGUUCCUGUUUGGGCAGUACUUGAUUACACUCACAACAAGAAGAUUGAACGCGAAUUGCUUCUGGUCAAGGUGUCCAUAUUGGGCCCCGAGUACUUCGAAGAUCAGUUACAUGCCAAGACCAACCCAUCCAACCCUCAAUCUUACGCCCAAACCACACCUCGUGCAACUGGCUCGGAACAGCACAACGAUUUCGGGGAACUCAGUCCGUCUGAGGCUCUACGACAGAAACAUCUGAACCUUCAAGCGUUAACCAAUCUUGCAGGCCAUUUUGGUGGUAAUGUCGUAGAUGUCUCGCAUGACUGCAUCGUUGUCGAGUUGAGUGCCAAAACGUCGAGAAUCGAUGCUUUCCUCAAGUUAGUCAGGCCUUACGGUAUCCUUGAAGCUGCCCGUACUGGUACUAUGCGAUGA